UGCCAGCAAACCCCGACCGAACGUCACAUUCCUGCAUUCCCUUUUUUUCCUCAGGACGUCGGAGUUACAGCUACCGCUAGAUAGCUAAUCCUCUUCCCCACUUUUCCUGUGUUUCUUUCCGGAGCAAACACACCCAUGACACGGCGAAUCUGAUCUCAGGAGGUGAUCCCGGGUUCACCAGGAGCCAGAAUCUCUCUUCGGGUCACUUUCCUCCUUCCCUUCCCCUCCUCCCCUUCCACCUGUCACAGCUCCGGUUGUCAUGGAGAACUCUUCGGUGGCGUCUGCAUCGUCUGAGGCCGGGAGCACACGUUCACAGGAGAUAGAAGAGCUGGAGCGCUUCAUUGACAGCUAUGUGCUGGAGUACCAGGUGCAGGGGCUUCUGGGAGACAAGGCUGAUGGAGACUUGGACAUGGACAAUGGUGGCAAGGUGCCAGAGUGGACAGACGACUGUAACAACAAGAAAGAUGGCAGCUGGACGUCCUCCCGGGGGAGAGGCUCAACCAAGCCAGACGAAUGGGAGCACAGCAGCAACGGCAGCACCGGUUCCAGGCCCAGUUCAGGGUCUAGACCAGGGUCUGGCUCACGCUCCGGCAGCAGAGGCAGAAACAACCAGUUCACAGGCCCCGCCAUGAACGGGAACAGAGAGGGCUCCCUUGACAUCCUGGGGACAGACAUAUGGGCUGCCAACACGAUGGACUCACGCGGAGGUGCUGGUUGGGACAUUCAGCCAGAGAAGCUGGACUUCAGCCAUUUCCACAGAAAACACCUCAGAGGAAUACCAAAGCACCUGCCGCACAUCGACAGGGAAGGGAUGAACAAAAACAAGUUUGAGGAAGAUGACGGUAUCGACAUGAAUGACAUCGAGAGGUUUCUACCCCAUCUGCGUUCUGUCUUCCCACCCCUUCCUAAUGAGGCUGAGAUCACACAGACCAAAAAGCUCUUCCGACGCAGGAGGAAUGACCGACGAGCGGUUGAUCGGUUCACCCGGGACCAGUUAACUGCUUCUGGCUCCGGGGGAAAGCGGCAGGUCUCAGUCAGGAGACAACAGCGGCCUCAGGGAGGAGGAGGAGGAGGAGGAGGAGGAGGAGGAGGAGGAGUUGGGAAGAACCAACCUCAGCUGAUACAACAGCAGUCACCACAGCAUCAGAGGGAUCAAUCCCAACAUCAAUCCCAACAUCAAUCUCCAAACCAACAGGAGCAGAAUUUAACAGAACUGGGAGACAACAGAAACGGUAGUGCUGGCCGGCCGCCUCGCCAGUAUCAAGGAGGACAUGGGCAGCGCCAAGUUGGACCCCCCCACCACGGAUACAGCCAGAACCGGCGUUGGCACCACAAUCAGAAAGGUCAGGGGCAUGGACAGACAAACGUUACAGGCGAUAAAGGAGUUCCCCCGAGAACAACCAAAGACAAAGAGACUGAGAAUGUAAAACCAGACGACAAGCAAAUCAAACCACCUCACGACAACAGCAGUAAGAGCCCCAAUGAAUCCCCCAGACCCGAGUUACCACCCAAUAUCAAUGCUUUCCCACAUCUGACCGGUCGAAAGGAAUCUCCCAACCCACCAGGAAGUGGAAAAGGAGGCGAGGGCCAGUCGGAGCCGCCCAAAAUCAGCUUGCUGCAGUCAUCGAAGGAGAGGCUGAGGAGGAGACUAAAGGACAAGGAAGAGGCGCUUGUGGAGGCGCCGGGCUCCGGAUCACAGAGCAUGGACCGGCUGGUGGACCUCCUCAACAGCAUGAGGAGCAACAGCAGCGGGGUGGAGCAACAGCUGGCCACCUUCAUGGAGGAGGCGCAGUGCUCGGCGACGUCCGAGGAAACCCUGGCUCAGGUGGUCGGAACCAUCUACGCCAAGGCCGUGUCGGACAGGAGCUUUGCUGCCACCGCCGCUAAGCUCUGUGACAAGAUGGCCCUGUUCAUGGUGGAGGGCACCAAGUUCAGAUCGCUGCUCCUCAACAUGUUGCAGAGAGACUUUGCCUGUCGAGAGGAGCUCCAGCAGUCAGAUGUGGAGCGGUGGCUCGGUUUCAUCACAUUCUUGUGUGAGGUGUUUGGUACCAUGAGGAGCUGCUCAGCGGAGCCAUUCCGGGUGCUGGUGUGUCCCAUAUACACCUGCCUACGAGAGCUGUUGGAGUCCACAGAUGUUAAGGAAGAUGCAGUCCUGUGCUGUUCCAUGGAGUUGCAGAGCAUGGGGCGCCUCCUGGAGGAGCAGCUCCCAGAGAUGAUGACGGAGCUCCUAGCAGCCGUCAGGGACAAGAUGCUGAGUCCGACCGAAUCGCAGCUGACUCGCUCUCUCCUCAUGGAGGUCAUCGAGCUGCACGCACAUCACUGGAGCCCCCUGGAGGCUCUCACCACCCAAUACUACAACCGCACCAUCCAAAAGCUCACCACCACUGCCUAGGUGCCAGCUCCCACAGGAGACGAGCCCUUCUGAAGCCCCUUGGAAACAUUUUCCAGUUGAGCAUCAAUCGGCUCUUCUGGUUUUACCAAAACACAGGAAUUUAGUAAAAACGUCACACUCUUACGUAAAUAAAUCCAUGCUUUAUGUGGGUUUUGAACUUGGCUGUAUAAUCCGCUAAUUUCUCCAAGAUAGGCGACCACUGCCACAAAUAACCGGACACUAUCCACCAAACAGUUAGCUAAUAAGCGAGCCGCCACGGCAACGCUGCAUGUGGCGCUCAAACAACGAAAAGCGUAUUUGACACGCAUUUAAGAAAGCUGCAACGUGUAAACGGCCAGUAGGGGCACGCUUGGCCACUCGGAGUCCGGGAGCUCGCCUUGCACUGGCUGCUGGGGGAUAAAGGAGGGAAAAGACUAGAGGGGGGUGGCGGGGGAGGGGUCACACAGGGGAGAGGAGGAGAGGGCAGCAGCCUGCCCGUAGGGAAUAGAGAGAUCCGUACCCAAAGAUGAAUGGAGGGGGUAGGGUGGGGAGGUCAGGGUAGUCCGUGUCAGUCUCUUCAUUGUGUUCAUUUGCCCACCACCCUCCCCCUCCUCUGUCUCUGUCAGCCCCUGGGGUCCGUGUGGCUGAUAAAAGAGAGAGGAGAUGGAGGAGGAGGCAGGGAGUAAACACGGUGCUGUCUGUCUGGGCCGUCUGCCCUGCCGUGCCAGAGACCAGGUCAAAGGGCCUCGCUGCGGAGCUCCCUCAGCUCCUCCCCGCCUUUGUCUCCCCAACUCCACCCCCUCCCCCCCUCCCCCCAAGGAAACCGUUCUGUGGAGAUGAGACAGCGGGCCUGCUGGCCUGGGCUGAGGAUAAGGAUCAGGCUGGCUAGAGUAGGCUGGCAGAUGGCUGCUUGAGCCCAUGUGAGACGACACAUCCCUCUGGCACCGCUGCUCCCCAGAGCGCUGGCCGGUGUCACCAAUGGAGGCAGCAAAGAUAUUGCAGCUUUAGAAAAGCAUUAAAACAAACAAACACCGCCGCGUGAUGACUCGUUUUUGUUUUGGUCCGACAGGGGAAGGUCUCUUCUCCUAUGUUAAGUUGUGCAUGUACAUGCUUUGUUAAACACGUCUUUGAUAUUAUCAUCAUAUUAUUUUUUUAAUCACUUAGUGUUUUUAUUGUUGGUUCAUUUUUGAAGUCUUGUUUUUUUUUUAAUGAAAAAAAUGUAUGUAUGAGGUAUUAGUUGUAGGCCUUAUUGCACAGGUUUGAUUUUGUUUUGCACUGUUUUGCUUUAAAGUUGUGGGGGGAAAAAACAAAAGUUUUAAUUUGAAUCGGUGCUUGUGGAUUAAUAGUAAACGUCUCGGUAGUGAGACAAAUGGUUGCGCAUAGCGAGAGAUUUUAGGAUCUUUUAAUGGACUAGUGGCCUUAUAAUUUGUCCAUCUUUAUAGGAGCGUUCUUGUUGCGAGGCCUGCAGGGCCUGUGGCAGCGGAGGACUUGACAGUUGGUCUUAUUCACAUCAUUCUGUUGCCGAAGGAACAAAAAAAAAAAAAAGGACAACAAGUGAUGUGAUAACAAAAAAAACAAACAGAAAAAGAGCAUGGCACACAGAAACAAGAAGCGAAAUGCUUCUUUAAAAAUGUUCUCGUACUCGAGCCAUUCUUUGCAGUGGACAUUUUGCGAGUGUUUAAUAUUGACUGUAUUUGCUUUGUGUUUGAGGAUAAUGACAACUAUUAACCUGUGUAUUUGAAGAUGACGAAAAGAAGUCUUAUUGUACGACCUCAUUCGCUCGUCGUAUGUGACCUUUAUUCCAGCUAAUGUGUGUACUAUGAUAUUGACGUACUAAGCCAAUCAUGUACCAUUUGUAAAUGGUCUCUCUCUAUAUAGUCUGCAUACAGUAUAUUUACAAGUAUUUAAAAACAUUGGAAUAGAGGCGGAUAUUGGGACAGAUGUUACACACAGGACGACUGGUUGAGUUUAGCCUUCCCAUGUGUUUCUAUGGGCAACUAGUUAUUUGUUUGGGCGUAGUCACACGUACAUGCGCUUAUGCACAUGCACGUGUAUACACAUACUUAGUUACCCAUUGGAUCUCUGUGGGCAGUUUUAAAUGUUUUUUUUAUAUAAUUUUCUCUGUCUUGCAUCAAGAAUUAAGAAUCCUGUGUGGUAGAAACGCCACCCAGAAAUGAGUUGGAUGAGAAGGGUGAUUUAAAGCUCGCAUAUGUUUUUGGGGGUGCAGCCUAAUUGUCUAAGUGUCUGUAAGUAGUAAGUCUACUUAAGAAGUUUUUGUUGUGUUCUGUAUUUUGUUUUUAAGUUUUCUAUUUAAAUUAUAUUUAGCUCAUUUAUAUGUAUAAAUACGUGUGUGUG